AUGAUUAAUCUCUACACGUCUCAACAAUUUUUCGAUCAACCCUCCAGCAUCACCAAUGGACAGUUAAUAGCCAUGAAUCCUAAGUUCAGACAAGCUAUAUUAAAAGCAAUACGAAAGCCAAUAGCAAAGAAGCUGAAAGAUCCAAUUAUUGUGAAAGAGAAAAAUGAGGAUGUUGAAUUGAACUAUGCAAGUAGAUCUGAAAAGAAAGCCAUGGCAUUGUAUUGUGAUGCAUAUAUCAAAAAUGUGAAAAUUCUGUUAAUAAUUGACUCCAGUUCUACUGGAUGCAUAAUUUCCCUAAAGUUGCUUAAAGAUCUGGAUAUGGAGAUAACAGAAGCAUCUAAAACAAUAAUGGUUAACGUAAACAGUGAAAAAAGAAGACCCUAA